AUGAAUAAAUACCUCUUGUGCAGAUUAAAAAAUAGGACGCUCGUGCAAAUUUGUGGAACCGACUCUUUCAGAUUUCUGCAAAGUUUGACAACGAACGAUUUAAAUAAAAUAAUAACGGAAAAAGAUUUUUCUUUAUAUAAAAAUAUCCCCAAAAAUGUAUUAUCCAGCCUGGAUGGUACAAAUUCGUAUCAACUGUGUGGCCAUAAUGUAAACCACAAAAAAUGGACCAAGGGGUUGCCUUCCCUAUUUUUACAAAACAAUGGCAAAAUAUUGGCUGACUGUUUUUUAUACAAUGUAAAAUAUACCAAUGAAGAGAAUACCUUUAGUCUAUUCUACAUGGAUUGCAAUAUGGAUGCAUCCAGAAUGUUGCUCAGCCUAUUGGAAAAGCGGAAGCUCUCAUGUGAUGUUCAUUUUAGCCAGAUGACCAACAUCGCGGUUUAUCAGCUCUUGUCAUGUCCACCCGUUCUGCGAGGGGGCAUUUCCAAUAUCGACACGAUUAACAGCGGUGGAGAUAGCGCUACCAAAAUGGAGGGCGAACUAUCUACUCUUUCCAAUGACCCAGGAAUAUUCUUCCUGUCGAAAGAUGCAAGAAAUGAUUUAUUAGGAUAUAGAAUGUAUCAAAUUAGGGGGAAGGAAGAGGAACUCGUAGACGAAAAAAAGGACAAAGGUAUAGGCAUUAUUAUGACAACAGACUUUGUAAAUUCCUCCUGCAGCAAAACGCCCGAGGGGGAGAUGGACGAAUUUAGCAACGGGGAUAUGAAGGAGACAUGCAAAUUGCUUCUUAGCUUUGAAAAGGAAGAAAAGGUAAAUCUGCCUGCCACUUUCGUGUAUGACUAUAUGAAGCUGAAUUUAGGAGUUGUGGAAAAUUUGUAUUCAAACGAUUCGCUUUUGGGGAGGAAUAGGCAGGGAAGCACAAGCGAUUCGCCUUGUUCAUCUGUUCAUGGUGGCCCCAAUGUGUCCAACGCGACGAAUGUUGCGAAGGGGAAAAUUGACAGAGACGCGUUCAAAUUUAAAGAUCUCUCCCCCUUCGAUCUGAACUACGAUAAGUUAAACUAUUUGGCAAAAGACAAAGGCUGCUAUGUAGGCCAAGAAGCAAUAAACAGAACAAGGAACGAAAUAUUUAUAAAUAAGUACCAACUGACCAUGUGUGUAAAUUACGAUUACCUCGAAAUGUUCCUGCAUAAUUGCGACAGUUUAAACAAAACUAUUUUAGCUGAUUCUUUUUUUCACAAGUACGUAAAACAAAUUAAUAAUAAGAGUUCAUUCAAGCCAACUUUUUUUUUGUUGAAAAAUGCAUCCAAAAGUUUGGAACCUUCCAUUAACUAUGAACAACAAUUUAAUGUUAUUGUCCAGGAGGAUUCUGCAAAAGGUGGUGAUUCCGCAGAUAGGAAGGACUCAGAAAAUGGUACCAUAGUGGGAAAUGUCUUUUUUUAUAACCAUGUGAUGGGACUAUGUUUUCUAAUCAAGAAGCGGAUAGCACAUGUAAGUGCCGACAUUUACUCUCCUACUUCCAAUGUGUAUAUUAAAAAAAAAGUUGGUGAAGAGCACCACCGCGUUUGUCUUUUCCCAUUUAAUUAUCCCACAAAAGCGUUUUAG